AUGGUUCGCCUCAGUCCAGUCUUGCUCGCCUCCAUCGCAGGCUCUGGCCUGCCUCUAGCCCAAGCAGCAGGCCUCAACACAGCCGCCAAAGCCAUCGGCCUGAAAUACUUUGGCACAGCGACCGACAACCCCGAGCUGAGCGACACCGCGUACGAGACGCAGCUCAACAACACGCAGGAUUUCGGGCAGUUGACGCCGGCGAAUUCGAUGAAGUGGGAUGCCACCGAGCCCGAGCAGAAUGUCUUCACGUUUAGCGCCGGCGAUCAGAUUGCCAACUUGGCCAAGGCGAAUGGCCAGAUGUUGCGGUGUCAUAAUCUUGUUUGGUACAAUCAGUUGCCGUCGUGGGUCACCAGUGGCUCCUGGACCAACGAGACGCUGCUUGCUGCCAUGAAGAAUCACAUCACCAACGUCGUUACCCAUUACAAGGGCCAGUGCUACGCAUGGGAUGUCGUUAAUGAGGCCCUCAACGACGACGGCACCUACCGCAGCAACGUCUUCUACCAGUACAUCGGUGAGGCGUACAUCCCCAUCGCCUUCGCGACGGCCGCCGCCGCCGACCCCAACGCCAAGCUGUACUACAACGACUACAACAUCGAGUACCCGGGGGCCAAGGCGACGGCGGCGCAGAACCUGGUCAAGCUGGUGCAGUCGUACGGCGCGCGCAUCGACGGCGUCGGCCUGCAGUCGCACUUCAUCGUGGGCGAGACGCCCAGCACCAGCUCCCAGCAGCAGAACAUGGCCGCCUUCACGGCGCUGGGCGUCGAGGUCGCCAUCACCGAGCUCGACAUCCGCAUGCAGCUGCCCGAGACGGAAGCCCUGCUGACGCAGCAGGCCACCGACUACCAGAGCACCGUGCAGGCCUGCGCCAACACCAAGGGCUGCGUCGGCAUCACCGUCUGGGACUGGACCGACAAGUACUCGUGGGUGCCCAGCACCUUCUCGGGCUAUGGCGACGCCUGUCCCUGGGACGCCAACUACCAGAAGAAGCCCGCGUACGAAGGCAUCCUCACUGGGCUUGGACAGACGGUCACCAGCACCACCUACAUCAUCUCGCCGACGACGUCUGUCGGAACGGGCACGACGACCUCGAGCGGCGGAAGCGGCGGCACGACUGGCGUGGCCCAGCAUUGGGAGCAGUGCGGUGGACUGGGCUGGACUGGUCCGACGGUUUGCGCAAGUGGCUACACUUGCACUGUCAUCAAUGAGUAUUACUCGCAGUGUCUGUAA